AUGAAGGUUCUCGGGGUCACGAUGGGAAUCCUGCUGCUGCUGGUCGUCGUUUCCAGCACCGCUGCCAUGCAUUCUUCAUCUUCAGCUCACGGACCAAACGACUUGAGUCUCGGAACAUGCUGCUUUAAAUUCUUCACCCAAAGGAUCCCAGAGGCUCACAUCUUGGCCAUCGUCAAAACUCGCAGCAACUAUGUCAAAAAGGGGUUUGUGCUCAUGACUCCCAGAGGGAAGUUCUGCAUGAGUCAGAAUGAAAAAUGGGCUGAAAAAGCUUUCAAUAGCACUCCUUAAAUCCUCGACAUGAACAUUUCUCCUGAAACACCACAAAGUGCUUCAUCUGCUCUCCUCACUUCAGAAACCCGAAUGAUGCUGGGCUGCCUCAAAGUGAAGGUCUAUGGAGCUGCAAUAAUAACGAAAGCAUGAAACUGUCUUUUAUAAGCUGCUGAAAAAAAAAACAGUAAAACUUUAUCUUGAAAAUGUUCGGUCUUUUAUUUUUAACUCUUGCUGAUCAACAUGCUGCUUUUGUUGUUUGGGUUUAUUAUUCUCCUCUUACGUUUAAAAUGUACUUCAGCCUGACUGUGGCUCCACAUCUCCAGGACAAAAGGAACUCAGCCUUUCUUAGAACACUG